AUGAACAUUGCCCUCAACUCUGCCACAGCUCCCGAAAUCCCAAAGCACCGAAGGAGGAUGAAGGAAGCGAAUGGCACAGUGAAGACAGAGUUCUUGCUCCUGGGAUUCAGUGACCACCCAGAGCUUCAGAGUCUCCUUUUUGUUGGGUUCUUUUCCAUCUAUUCAGUCACACUGAUGGGAAACCUUGGGAUGAUAUUUUUAAUCACAAGCAGUUCAACCCUGCACACCCCUAUGUAUUUUUUCCUCUGCGUGUUGUCUUUCAUAGAUGCCUGCUACUCUUCUGUUAUUGCUCCCAAAUUGCUUGUGGAUUUGGUUUCUGAGAGGAAGAGCAUUUCUUACAAUGGGUGUGCAACACAGCUAUAUUUUUUCUGUUCUUUGGUUGACACAGAAUCUUUCCUUUUGGCCGCCAUGGCUUAUGAUAGAUACAUAGCUAUAUGCAACCCCCUACUUUAUACUGUUAUUAUGUCUAAGAGGAUUUGUUGCCAGCUUGCAAUGGGAUCAUUUUUGGGGGGCACCUUGAGUUCUAUUAUUCACACCGCCAACACUUUCCAUCUCUCUUUCUGCUCUAAAGAAAUUAACCAUUUCUUUUGUGACAUUUCCCCACUCUUCUCCUUGUCCUGCACAGAUACUUAUGUGCAUGACAUCGUGCUGGUGGUCUUUGCCAGUUUAGUUGAAGCUGUCUGUCUUCUCACAGUUCUUCUCUCAUACAUUUUCAUCAUAGCAGCUAUCCUCAAGACAGGGUCUGCUGAGGGAAGAAAGAAAGGAUUCUCUACUUGUGCCUCCCACCUGAUUGUUGUCACUAUCUACCAUGGCACCUUGAUCUUCAUUUAUUUGCGUCCCAGCACAGAUCAUUCACUGGAUAUCGACAAAGUGACCUCUGUGUUCUAUACAUUGAUCAUACCUAUGUUGAAUCCCCUGAUUUACAGUCUAAGGAACAAAGAUGUCAAAAAUGCCUUUAGAAAAACUAUCACCCGAAAACUGCUGCCGUAG